AUGACAGCAAAAAGUUCUCGCUUUGCUGAAUUGCGAAACAACUUUGAACAAAAUGGUUCAGUUUCUAAACCAAUAUUUCCUAAACCACACGCUUUAAAAAAACCCCCACAAAUACCUCCACGUGAAAAUUCUGUUUCAAGUCAAUUCAACUCUUCAGUUGAAGCAAACGCGCAUGAAAAUAAUCAAAGCAUUAAAAUAAAAUCUAGGCAUUCGAAUGUGAAUGAAAGCCAGGAUGAUGAAAACUACAGUUCACUAAUCGAUCGAAAUAAUAUUAACGAAUUAAGAAAGAUUUCUAGUACAUAUUCAAAUGGCGAAAACAAAGAAGAGGACAAUGUUAAAUCAAGAACAUCGUUAGUCACAAAAUCGAAUGUUAGGAAUGCGCAAAAGAUAGCCAACAAAUUCGCAAAUUAUAAAGAUCAGGAAGAAAACGAAGAUAAUUCAAAAGCAACAUCAGUUACAAACAAAAAUAUAAGAAACAUACAUAAAAUAUCUAACAAAUAUUCGAAUGAAGAAGAGGAUCCAGAAGAAUACAACGACGGAAUAAAGCCUUCAUUAAUUACAAAAAAAAAUGUUCGAAAUAUACACAGGAUGGCCAACCAAUAUUCAAAUGAAGAAGAGGAACAAGAAGGGGACGAUAAUGGGCAAAGACCAUUAAUUACAAAAAAAAAUGUCAGAAAUAUAAAUAAGAUAGCUAGUGGUUAUUUGAAUGCGGAAGAAGAUCAGGAAGAUGCUAAUGGAUCAAAAUCAUCUUCGUUAAUAAAUCGAAAUAAUGCUAAUGGUUUGAGAAAGAUUGUCGAUGCUUAUUCGGAUGAUGAAGAGGAUGAACAUGAACAUAAAGUUAAACCAUCAUCAUUAAUUACAAGUAAAAAUGUAAGAAAUGUUCACAAGAUAUCUAAUAGCCUUUCUAAAGUAGAAGGCAAAGAGGAAAACGACAACAGGCUUGAAUCUUCAUUAUUCACAGCAAAAAACGUUCAAAAGGUGGCUAAUUAUUCAAAUUCGGAAAGAGAACGAAAAGAUAAAUCACAACUAUCUUCAUUAAUGACAAAGAAUAAACCGAAAGCCGCCAGCUACUCGUAUGAAGACGAAGAUAACACUUACAGAAAUAUCUCAAAUAAACCUCGAUCAUUAUUGAUCACACAGGAAAAGAUCAAGAGGGUUCAGGAUGACGAUAAACCUCCAUUACCUUCACGAAAAAUUUUAAAUAGAACAACACAAAAGGAAACCAAUCAUUCGCACGAGGAUGAAUAUGAAGAUUUAAGAGAUAGAUCAAACAGUGAGAAGUUUCGGAAUUUAAAUGAUCACGAUGGAAGGAAAUCAAAUAGCCAUCAUCAACCUUUAGUUUCGCGUCCAAAGUUUCAAGAUUUGCAAAACAUAGCAUCUUCUAUCGUAAAAUUAGAUAAAGAUGGUGGUAAAAAACCUCCACCAUUACCUCCCAGAAAAAAUUUUACUGAAGAGCAUAUCACAAAGUCGAUUGACGAUAAAAUUAAACUACCACCAUUACCUCCUCGUGGUAAUUCUAAUCGACAGGAUGCAAGUAACAGUUCGGAUGUGAGUAGGGAAGCAAAAGGACCUCGACCGACUCGACCGACUUCGUACUCAUCACAACGUAGUAUCGAAAGUCCCAGUAUUCAAAAAAGAAAUUCCGGUAUUUCUAUCAAAAGCAAUGAAAGCACUAGUAAAAGAUCCGCAUUUGACGAUGAUACGCUAUAUGAAGGGAUCGAUGAUUACCCUGACCCUGUCAGUCGUUGCCUUCCUAUUGUUGGUGAAGGUUUUGAAGGACACCUUGACUGUUCGGAAAUCGAUUUUUCAGUAGUUGAUGACUAUGCUAGACAAACGCCUGAAUCCGAAACGGUUUCUAUUGCAACGCUAUCUGAUUAUUUAACAUCAGCUUGGGAUCAUGAUCUUUACAAGUUGCGCGCUAUUUAUGCUUGGAUCACCGAUAACAUUUCAUAUGACUGUGAAUUGUUUUAUUCUGGUAAUUCAAAAUUUAAAAUGGCAAAAGACGUUUUAAAAACCAGAACGGCCGUUUGUGCUGGAUACAGUGAAUUAUUCUACGAAUUGUCUCGCGAAGCUGAUUUAGACGUAUGUAAGAUUGGUGGAAGUGCUAAAGGUGCUGGAUAUAAUGUUGGUGAUCCAAUAGGACCAGGCGAUUAUGCACACGCCUGGAACGGUGUAUUUUAUGAAGGAGAAUAUCUACUAGUUGAUUGUACGUGGGGAGCAGGAGUUGUUUCUAACAAGCGAUUCGAAAAAAAGUUCCGCUCAUUUUACUUCAUGUGCUCGCCAACAAAGUUAAUAUAUUCUCAUUUUCCGAAUAAUGUAAAAGAACAAUAUUUGCAGCCAACAAUUACUCGCCCAGAAUUCAUCAAUCAGCCGCAUUACAAGUCAACAUUUUUCGAUAAAGGUCUCAGGUUAAUACGCUAUAUUGGAUGUGAAAUUGAAAUUCCGGAUGAUAAUGCAAUUUUGGAUAUAGAACAGACGAUUGUUGAUGGAAGUGUAAAUAAAAUUCAAGGCCAUUUGGAUUGGAAAGGUCAAAGUAUUAAUGCAUUUACUCAAAUAUUAUCUAAUUCCGGUCCAAAUGGUGGUGUGAUAUACAGAGUAAGGAUAGGGUGUCCGACUCGUGGUGAAGGAAUCUUGAAUUUGUUUUAUUAUAAUAGAGAUGAAAAUUACGGUUCACAAAUAACAACCAUGAAAAUAAAAAACCUUGGAACGGGCACUAAAUACAAGAGAUUCGUGGAAUUGUUUGCAGUUCCUUUCCCAUGUUCGGUUAUUAGACCAUUUACUUCCUCACUAGAAUACAACAAAAAAGUUAGGUUUGAAGUAAUAUUGUUUAAUCAAGAUGCAUCAGAAAUUUUGAUUAUUAGCCCAGGUUUUGAGAAAAAAGCAUACUUGGAGCACGUGAUUGAGAAGACUAGUGAUUUUGGCGGCGUUACCAUGAGUUGUGAUGUCAUGUUAAAUUAUAAGG